UUUUUGACCACUGGGGUUUCCCAUCGCCAGAAAACAAAAAAAAAAUGAACAAAAUGCUUCUCCCAAUAUAUUACCCAUCAGCACUGGUAUGACCAAAUCACUUCCAUCAAACCGAAGCACAAAGAACCGAAGCACAAAGAUCAACGGUUACGUCAACAAAGGAGAAUGUACAAUUACGACCGCCGUGCAGUCCCAGAAGACUCCGGGGUUGACAGCCCGGUGCCCAGCUACAGCCACAUCAGCUCCCAAGCACCACAUAGCCAUGUCUAUUCACCAUAUAGCGGGAGUGUAUCAAAAUCCCUACUAGGCGUUCACGAGGCUUCCGCAGAAUACCCUAUCAGAGAUGAACAAAGAAAGUCGGUCCCCUUUGGCAUGCGCCCCGUGGUGUUUGCUGCGAUAUUUCUGCUGGGUGGCAUCCUCAUAGGCGGCGCUAUCGUGGGCGGGGUUGUUGGGUCGGUCAUGGCAAGCCGCGUACAAACCGCAAAAGAAUCAGCCGCCGCAGCAGCUACAGCAGCAACAACCACAACACCAACAACCACAACACCGCCGACACCAGCGGCACCAGCUUCCACAAGUUUCCCGGGACCAGCAGAAGGUCCUUUCAGGGACUACACGACACCCUCGGCCAAAGACAUCGAGACGCUUCAGUUGAGCUGUCCCCGCCUGGAUGGGACUUCCUUCACUGGCUUCGACAGCAAGCGCUUCAAGAUAGCCUGCGGAGUGGACGAGAGCGGUCCCGGACGAGAGGCGGCCGGCGAGAUAAAAGACGUCAGCGUCUUUGUCGCGUACAACUAUGCAGAUUGCCUCAACGCCUGCACCACCUAUAAUCGGUUGUCGGGUAGGGAUCCAGCCCGGCCGUCUUCUCUGAUUUGUCGCGCUGCUGUGUUUCGAAGAUCUCUCAACGACAAUAUCGCUCUGCGCGAGGGCGGGAACUGCUUUCUAAAGAACGGUACUAGAGCUUCUGGGAACCCUGGUCGGCUGAACAAUGGCUUGUUGACUGGUCAGCUCCUAUAAUAACAGGGUGCUGUAGAAGGCGGCAAUGCUGGAUAAAUGAUUAGUCGCGUAUGGCUCGUCCUGAACAACCAGCACGGGUUUGAACGAUGAUAAAAAUAGCUGUAAUCAAUGAAGUAAUAAAUCAAAACCUGCUCCGAGAGGCUCCUUGGCUGCCAACAAUGAUUCUUUGUUGUGCAAGCAGGUGACAAACGGACUAGUCGUAUACUGCA